AUGUUUUUACUAAUUAUAAUACUCAGCUAUUUAUUGGGAUGUGCAUCGACAAUUGCUUUAUUGCUAUAUUUAUAUACACGCUAUGUAGUAUAUUCACCGGUAGUAAUUAAUGAACAACAAGAAGAACAAUAUCAAACUUUUAAUCCAUUACCUGAAAAUGAACGAGGAAAAAAUUCUGCUGUUGAUGCUGUAAAUUAUCUAUUUCAAUUUUUAUUUCAAGAAUUAAAAGAUAGUUCAAGACUGAGACGUUAUUUGAUGCAUAAAUUAAAUACAGAAUUUAAAGAAUUAAAAAAUAGUCGAACAGCAAAAAUAUUUCUUCAAAAUAUAGUCAUAGAAAAUUUUUCCAUUGGAAAAGAGUGUCCAGUAUUUAGUGAUAUUCAACUUGAACGACAAGAACGUGAUGAACGCCAUUUAAUAAAAGGAUUUGUUGCUAAACUUGAUGUAGAUUAUAAAGAUGGUUUUUCUGUUACACUUGAUAUAACUUUAUUAUUUGGUCAUAAAUGUCGUUUAUCUAUUAAAGUCAAUCGUAUACAAGGACAUUUACGUUUAGAAUUUCGACGUGAACCAUUUUGUCAUUGGCUAUGUGUAUUUCAAGAUGAACCAUUUAUUGAUUUUCAAGUUAAAUCUUAUUUUGCUACUGUUGAAAGUCCACAAUUAGCACAACUUAUUACACAACAAUUACGUCGUGCUAUUAAACGUAAACAAACAUGGCCAAGUUAUAAAAUACGUUGUCAACCAUUUUUUGCAACAUCAAAACAAUCUAUUCCAACAGAAGUUUUAUCAACAAAUGGAAAUAAUAUUAUACCUGGUACAUUCGAUAUAACAAUAAAAUAUUGUGAUCGUCUUUCAAUUCCAUUGGCUAUAUUUGAUAAACAAAAAGUUUCAUCAGUUAAUGUAUUUUUAACAAUAAAUAUUAAUGAACAAAUGUGUGCUGAUUAUUUACAUAUAAAUCGUGAUCAAUGGAAAAGAAAAGAAAUUGAAUUAAAACGAAAUGUAAAUAAAUUAAUUGUUAAAGAAGUUAAUUAUAUGGAUCGAAUAGAAUUCUUAAUUGAUGAACUUGAUCCACUACCAAAUGGAAUUGAUGAUGUAACAACAUUAAAAGCUGCAUUAGAAGAUAAAAAUGUUUUUCUACUUAAAAUGCAAGGUCAAGAUAUUACAACACUAAAACAAAUACAUCGUUUACUUAAACAUAGAACACCUAUUCCAUCAAAUGAUGGAUUAACAUCAACAUCAACAUCAACAUCAACAUCAACAACAGCAACUACAACAACAACAACAAUAAUAGGUGGAAAUGAAGAUAAAAUACAGAUUGUUGUUGGUAUACCUAUAUUACAUAGUGUAAGAGUACAACGUGCAGCAGAAACUUCGAACACAACAGAAACAGAAAAACCGACAUCAACUUCUCCAACCUUGUCAACUCGAAGUGAAAAUCUAGCUUCUUUAACACCGCCGAUUACUGUACGUCAACGAAUUAUACCACCGACUGCUUCAGUUAAGUUUGAUAAAUCUGCUGAUUCAAUUGGUUUACCAGUUAAAUCGCAGGAUAAUGAAGAAGAACAAUCACAAAAUAAUAGUACACCAGAGCUUUCUCUUAAACACCCAGAUGUUAAUAUACCAAAAAAGUCAAAACAUUCAAAAACUUCUGCAAAUGAUAUUACUUUAAUUAUGAUGAAUACAGAUAUUUUACAAGAAUUUCAUGCUCAACCAACUGCUACUCGAAAAGCAGAACCGUAUAUCGAAUUUGAUAGUAAAUUCGAUUUUCAAGUAGGUCCAAAUGAACAAUAUCUUAAUAUUUGUUUAUGGUGUAAACCACCAUUGGAUUGUGAUGUACCAAAUCCUGGUAAAAAACUUAUUUUACUUGGUUAUGCUACUGUUGCCUUAUCUGAAAUAGUACUUGAUGCUCAUAUGAGUUAUAAACGUGAAACUCAAGUGACACUUAAUUUUCGAUCAGCUUAUUCACCAAAACCUAAUUUCAAAAAACGACUAGAAUUAAGUAGUCAUAAAGGUUAUGAUGAAAAUUUAGCUAAUGGUUUUAUAACAAUAAAUAUAAAACAUAAACCAGAAAUUGAAGCAAAAUUAAAUCCUCAAGAAAAGAAAGAACAAUUUAUUGUGAAUGCUCCAAUUUUACAUGAUAUAUCAACAAAAUUAAAAGAAGAUGAAAGGAAACAAGAUCAAUUAAAAUAUAUUAAUGUUAUCAAUGAAGAACAAGAAUUACCUACACGAAAACCAACUGAUCAUAUAUUUGAAGAUAAAACAUUUACAACUUCUACACUAUGCAGUUGUUGUGGUAAAAAAAUUUGGAUGAAAUCAGGUCGUCAAUGUCGUGAUUGUUUAAUGACAAUACAUAAAAAAUGUGAAGAAAAAUUUAGCGCAGACACAAUUUGUACACAUGAUCCAAAUCAUGUAAAAACUAAUCUAAUCUCAACAACUUCAGAUGAUGAUUUAAAAAAUGUAGUUAAUAUUGAAAUUAGUGAUUCAAGUAUUCCACCUCCUAACAUACUAAUGGAUAAUAUAGAAUCAAUUUCAAUAAAAAGUACUCCUGAUAUAAUAUUAACUUCAAAUCCAAAUAAUAAUAAUCGAUCAACACUAGCAGCAACAACAACAACACCAGCAACACCUACAACAACACCUACAACAACAACAGCUGCAAAUCGUCUUUCAACAAAAGCAGCUGCUGCUUUUUCUGCACUUGAUUCUACAGCACGUCGAUCAUUUCGUGGUGCAUUUGGAAACAAAAAUUCUAAUCAAACAACAACAAAUCUAGUACCUAGUCUUUCAGCAACAUCAGAAUUAUCAAAAAGUGAUGAAUCAUUAAGCAGUUCAUCACCUUUGCCAACAAAAAAGCCAAUAACAACAAAUGUACCUGCUCAUGCACCUUCAAAAAUAGCAAGUGCUGCUUCAUCAGCUUACAGUAAAAUACGGGAAUUUAAAUCUAAACGAUUACCUGCUACUCAAGAAACAAAUCCUAUUAAGAAAACACGUUCACCAUCAGAUUCAGAACCUAAUGAAACUAAUCCUGAGGCAGAUUUACGUCAAAUCAUUACACAAUAUUUGUUAGAUGAAAAUAAUGAUGUUCAAGGUCUUGAGCAUUUACUUCAUGAGAAAUCCGUCGAUGAUACAAUUAUAUAUGCAAAAGCACAAGAAUUUGGACAAGAAUUAUACCCUGAAUUAACACCUGAAGAACGAAAACAAAAAAUUGAUAGUGAAAUAUCUCGUUUACAACAUGAACUCGAUUUAAAUUCGCAUAUUCGUGGAGAAAUGUUACAUGAAUAUCAAAAUGUUGAAACCGAUGAAAACGAAAAACGAAAACUUCGUGAAAAAAUUGCUAAUAUUGAUGAAAAAACUCAAGCAUUAGGAGCGUUGACUAUUUUCUAUUGUUCUGGUCUUAAACAUUGCCGUACACAAAUGGUAGCAAAAGAAGAUGAAAGUACUAAAUCAAUUAGUGAAUUGCCUGAAGAAGAUGAAAAUAAUGAAUUUUAUGAUAAUGUUGAAGAACAUUCGUGA